AUGUCUUCGCCUACGCCCAGCUUGCCGAGUACCCCGACCACGGCGGAGCCGCGUGCCCGUCCCCCACCCCUGCCCGCUGUUAAGGGCACUAUGGGCGGGAUCGAGAGCCCGAGAGUGUACAAGGAGCAUCACAAGAUGACGCCCCCCGCCACACCGCUCCUCACCCCCGCCGCGAGCCGGGAACCGACCCCCGCGCCGUCUGUCGCACCCGCCCCCGUCCUCGUCUUCCGCGCCGACCCGCGCAUGACGACCACCUUCGCCUCUCUGCCUGACAGCGCCGAGGUUCGCCACCUGUUCAACGUCUAA